CUGGUUUCGCUGCUGGUUUCUCUGCUCCCAGUCGGCAGCUGUGUCUCGGUGAACUGGCUGACUGGUGUGGUCGAGGCGUUUCGGAGAGAGUACCAAAUAAGAGGGCAGUUCUGUUUUGCUGCCGACAUCCCGAAAGAACCUGAACCCAGACAGCCUCCCUGAGGUCCUGAAGGAUGACCGGUACAGCUGCCAUGUUGAAGACACCCUCUCAGAAGGGGAGGUCUACGUGGGGAACAGGGUGGUGGUCGCCCGACAGGCAGGACCUGUGCAUGCAGAACCCUUAGUUCUGACUAAAAUGCAAGGCCUGCUGAAGAGGAGGAAAGACUUCCUGCUGAUCUACACCUACCUGUCCCCCUGCGGACACAAGUGCACCAACCGCAGCCACAAGUUCAACAUCCUGGACUACCUGGAGCGGAACGUUCCUCACUGGAGGAAGUUCGCCUUCGUCUUCACCAGAGUAUUUGAUCAACCGAAGGACGGUUCUGUGGUUCCCAAAGAGGAUCUGAUCCAGGCGCUCAGAACCAUCAGUAAAUCGAGACUGAACCUCAAAAACAUCUACCGCUGCUACAAGCCGGAGAACCUGCACUUCCAGUGCCACAGCUGCUCAGCAGGGGGCCAGGUGUCCAAAAUCUGCGUGGAAAACAACGCCCAGCCCCACCAGGGGGAAGGAGGGAGCAGCGGUGGCAGGAGAGACAGAAGAGGACCAAGGAGCAGCAGCAUGGACAGUAAACUUGGAGGGAGAGGCAGACCCACAGGGAGUAAAGGAGGGAGAGGCAGACCCACAGGGAGUAAAGGAGGGAGAGGCAGACCCACAGGGAGUAAAGGAGGGAGAGGCAGACCCACAGGGAGUAAAGGAGGGAGAGGCAGACCCACAGGGAGUAAAGGAGGGAGAGGCAGACCCACAGGGAGUAAAGGAGGGAGAGGCAGCAGGAAAGGUGGAGCUGGGAAAAGCAGCAGUAACAGCAGGAAAGGUGGAGUCAGACACAGCAGUAACAGCAGGAAAGGUGGAGUCAGACACAGCAGUAACAGCAGGAAAGGUGGAGUCACACACAGCAGUAACAGCAGGAAAGGUGGAGUCAGACACAGCAGUAACAGCAGGAAAGGUGGAGUCAGACACAGCAGUAACAGCAGGAAAGGUGGAGUCAGACACAGCAGUAACAGCAGGAAAGGUGGAGUCAGACACAGCAGUAACAGCAGGAAAGGUGGAGUCACACACAUUAGUAACAGCAGGAAAGGUGGAGUCAGACACAGCAGUAACAGCAGGAAAGGUGGAGUCAGACACAGCAGUAACAGCAGGAAGGUGGAGUCAGACACAGCUAGUAACAGCAGGAAAGGUGGAGUCAGACACAGCAGUAACAGCAGGAAAGGUGGAGUCACACACAGCAGUAACAGCAGGAAAGGUGGAGUCAGACACAGCAGUAACAGCAGGAAAGGUGGAGUCAGACACAGCAGUAACAGCAGGAAAGGUGGAGUCAGACACAAGCAGUAA